AUGGUGCACUGCAAGCAGCCGCGCAGGAGGCCCCAAGAUGCCGCCGCCGUCCCCGGGACGGCCGGUCGCGCGCGCGCCGGGGGCGGGGCCGCGCCCGCGGCGUCGGACCCCGGGUACAUGAGGCCGACCAGCAGCUCCGGCGCCAGGGCCGGCCGGGAGGUUGCAUCUGCGGCUGUUUCGGCGGCCUCCGCUCCCGCCGCGCAGCCGGUGGGGGCCAAGGCGGCGGCCCUCGUUGCGAGUACGCCGCGCGCGGCCAGGGCCACGUGCUCCUCCGCGCAGAAGAGCGCCCGCGGAGGCGGGGCCGGCGGGUGCGGCGGCGAGGGGCACCGCGCGUGCCGGUACGCCUACUGCACCUUCAAGGGCCACGCGCCCGCGGCGCCGCCGCUGGGGGCCUUCCUGGCGUCCCGGAGGCGCCUCAUCAAGACGGAGCAGAGCAUGAAGCACCGGGGCGUCUCCGCCUUCCGCGACCCCAAGACCAAGAAUACAAGCACCAGCAAUGCCGCCGGCAAAGGGGACGACGGGUUCUUCGUCCAGGUGGCGUGUCCCGGCGCCGGCGCCGGCGCCCGCCCCAAGACGGCGAGCUCGGGCUCCUGCUGCAGCGGCCUCUCCGCCGAGGAGGCGGAGUCUCCCUACGUCAACUUCGGCCGCCGGGGUCUCCGGUGCGGGAUGACCCACGAGUGGGCCGACCCGGGCGCCUCGGUGGACGGCUCCUGCGGGUCCAGCGACGUCAUCUCGGACGGCUUCGCCGACCUGCCGGGCACGGCGAGCUCUCCCCCUCCCUCUCCCGGACGCAAGGAGCAGAUUGGUCAACAAGAGGGGGAGGCUUCUUGGGUCGAUCAACAAGAAGCAGAGGAGGAGGACUCUGGUGCCUGCGACAGGUCUGAUAUCUCCGAGGAGCUGGGUCCAAAAUACGAAUGCAACAUGUCUAAAGAUUGUGGCAGCGUCUCUUCAGUGGAGUCCUCAAUGGAUGACAUAUCCAGUGCAUUUGGUGGGAUGAAUUUCCAGGAUGCAGGUGCUGAUGCCGCGGCAACCAGCCAGGGAACCAAGCUGACCAUGUCCAGGAGAAGGACGCCCAGAGGCGGGGAGCGAAUCCGGGCAUUCAACCCCAGGGCCCCCAACUUUCUUCCGGUGGCGCCUGAUCCGGAUGCUGAGAAGGUUGAUCUCAGGCAUCAGAUGACCGAUGAUCGCAAGAAUGCCGAGGAGUGGAUGGUCGAUUAUGCACUUCGGAGGACGGUGAACAAGUUGGCCCGUGCUCAGAAGAGGAAGGUGGAGAUGCUUGUCCAGGCCUUUGAGACUGUUCUGCCGCCAGUCCUGGGCGAGAACAAGUCCGACGACAAGAAAAGCUUUGCCUGCAACUGA